CGUUUAUUUGUCAGUCUACAAAAAUGUAUACAGAAGAGGUAUAAAUAGAUAAUUUACAAUUUACAAUGAACCUGCAAUCACUCUUUCAAGAUUUUAAUCCAAGUAAGUUUGUUGUACAUACUUGCCUCCUAGUAUUUACCAUUCUCUUCGCCUUAAAACUAGAUAAUCACAUCCACUGGUCCUUUUGGACUGUUUUUACUCCAAUUUGGGUAUGGAAGGUCUUAGUAAUAAUGGGAGCAACGGUGGGGAGCUAUGUCUGGUGGAGGUAUCCACAUUUCAGGUUAGAAGGUGAAGCCUACGUACACUAUAAAUCGAUGUUAAUAUCUUUAGCAUUACAUUUAAUACUGUUAAUGUUUGAACUUUUGGUUUGUGACAAACUCGAAUCAGCAAGACACUUGUGGAUUUUAGUAUUUAUUCCUUUAAUUUUUAUAUCAAUUGUUAGUAUAGCUGUUUGUAUUUGGGCUGUGAAACAUGACAGAUCAUUUGAGCUUGAGUUAUUCUGCGCUGUCAAUGUUUUACAGUUCAUAUUUCUUGCCUUAAGAUUAGAUGGAUUUAUAUCAUGGUCCUGGGAGGUGGUAUUUGUUCCUCUUUGGAUUGUUAUGUGUCUUUCAUUGGUUGGUGUUUUAUAUACAAUCAUUUUUGCUGCCAUUUUGUUAAGAACUCCAGAAGUUAACGCUCAACAAAGAAGAAGUAGUUUUAUUUCUGCUGUUGGUUAUACAUUUCUAGUUAUUCCUAUACUUGUAUUUCAAGUAUUAUUAGCUGAUAAACUAGACGACGAUAUUCGGUUAUCGUAUGUAGCAGUUGCCAGCCCACUUUUUGUAUCUUUUAUCACUCUUAUUUUAAUGUCAUUUAGUGCCAAAGGAGGAAAUAAAUGGUGGUUCGGUAUAAGAAAAGACUUUUGCUCGUUUGUACUAGGUGCUUGUCCGCUAUUACAAGAAUACGCCAACAUAGCUUAUCACAGCGAGAGACGCACCAACGGCGUAGAACUGGAGCCCCAGGUGGACAUACGAGAAAAAGUUGUCAAGAGAGCCGAUCUACUGAAGCCCGUUGUACCUAUAAUUUCUAUAGAGAUUCCAGACUGAAUUUACAUACUUUUAGGAUAGGAUUUGUCUUACUUUGUCUAAGCCCUUUAUGAAAUCUUUUCUGUUUUAUCAGAACAAAAAGUAAGGAACGUUUAGUUAUAUACGGUAUAGAGUACAUUUUGGUAUAAGGUUUAGAUAAUAUAGAAUUUGAUAGACUUUAAUCUAUUCUUAUUUAAUGAAGUCAAAUGAUACAAAAAGAAGAUCAAAGGUGAGGUUUUCUAUUAAGAAAAGCAUGAAAUUUAGGUUAUUAUAUUUUAUUUUUUAUUGUAUUUGCGAUUUAUUUCAUUACAACUAAAUUAUAAAGUGAAGGAAAAUACAGAGGUAAGUAAGGUACAAUAAUAGGUACUAUAGGUUUUUGAAUUAUAAAUAUUUGUUCAUGUUUUCUUUUAUCAUCAAAAAAUGCGUCACAUAAAGCUAGUUUUUAAAGGUGGUUCUUGUUCAUAUUUCCUUUGGUUUUUCCUUAGAACAUAUCAAAGCAAUCUUGUCCAACACUUCUCUGAUGAAAUUGUACAGUGUAAUUAUCCUAAAACUUCCUUUUCGAUGAGUUUUUCUUAAUCAGUUUCGAUUUUUAUCUAAAAUGUAUACACCUCUUCUUCUAAAGGUGUCUAUCUUCUGGUGAUGCGUAUCAUCAGAUACUUCAGCAAUACGGUAUCGUCUGCGUAUCUAAUAUGAAAUAACAAUAUACCGUAAUAUUAAGAAUUUCUUCUGUUUACCAUACACCAAUUUUCAUUUUUAGAUGCUCAUUAGUCAUUCUGCACCUCUAUUUUUAAUCAAUUCCUUAGAUACUUCUUCUGAAGAAGGUACUUUUUUCUGUUUCAUUUUUUAUGAAUUAAUAUAUGUUAAUGUAUUUCUCUCAUUAUCUAUAUUGUUCCCUGUAGCAUGAAACUUAUUGUACCUAAAUUUGUCAAAUUUUUCCAAAUUUUGACCAGUUGGUAUCGCUUGAAGACUUAGUUCUUCCUUGUCAUCUUCAUGUAUUUUUUGUUUUAACAUUAAUCUAAGAAUUCUUCAUUUGUUACAUAUUUCUGUACAUUAUCACAAUUGUUUAAUUUAGAUAACUGUUGUGAAGUGUUUCAAAAGGGCUUAGGAUUCUUUAAACCUUUAUUAUAAUUGAAUAUAUAUACAAGAUUGGAAGUCUAAAAAGUGAACAUACAAUGAUAUACUAUAUAAUACACUAUAGAGGAAGAGUUUGUGGAUAAUAUUCUAGAACAUGUAAAGCAUCUUUAGCAAUGUUUAAAUACAAAAUUGAAGUUCUACUUGAAGAAUAGUGAUAGUAAUAACAAAUAUAUUCAAAUCCAUGCUAAAAUUUCAAUUAAAUACUUCUAUUAAAUCUAUAGUAUUCAUAAAGUCAAUUUUGCGACAACCAUCAUUUUUGAGCUGUGUCGAAUUGCAGCUACACAGGUCAGGCUUCGCGAGCGUAGUUGUAUACAAACGAGUUUAAGCUCAGGUAGGUACCUACCGCUAUAAAUACAGCUCUAACUUCGUUUCUAUUUCGAAUUUCUGAAUAAAGUUUUAUAACAGUAUUUCAAGAUACCAAGGAAUGUUUUUACGUAAAAAAACAAAAAUCGAUUUUUUUUAAAUACAGAAAGUAAAAGUACCUAUUACUUAAAAAGUAAUUAUUUAGAAAGAAAGUAUAGGUAGGUAAUACCUACUCAAAAUUGUUUAGUUCUCUCUCUGACAAUAAACUGUAGGUUGCAUAUUUUGCGGUGUUGCGAGAUUAUAUGUUAUAACGGUAUGUUCGUUUCAUAGAGUUCUAACCCUGUACAUAAAUUAGGAUAAAGGACUGGACUUAGUUUUAAAAAAAUGUGAUUUUUAUAGUUGUACAAAUUGAGCUACGAGCUAUAUUCGAAUAUAUAUAACUGGUGUUAUGUAACAAACGCAGCGGAAAAUACACUUAUGUGAUAUUUUUAAACAAAAUUACAAUUAGAUUUUUUAAAACAGUUUAUAUCUUAUUUCAGCUGGAAAUUAUGUUGUAGAUGUUUUAAUAUUUAAAAUUGCGACCAAAAAGGAAACUUUUAUAUUAUUUAGUGUAAGCGCCAGGGGGUGGUUGAGUAUGCACUUUUAUGUCUCAUAUACAUAAUUCUUUGACGUUUUUUUGGUGCCUAGAUUCGAUUUUUCGAGGCUACCAGGAUAAAUUUGGGUUAAGUUUAUUUGGGCCAAAUUAUAAAACUAACAAGGAAAACCAAAUAGCAGAGACCAAAAGAUGAGUUAGACUGGCAUGUGUGGUAUUUGGCAAACUAAGCUACAUUCUUAAAAACAAAAGAUAUCCACAACAUCUUCAGACCAAGGUAUACAAUCAAUGCGUACUCCCUGUUCUCACUUAUGGUUCCCAAAUGUGGACGUUUACAAAAGCAAACAAGGAGAAAAUCAUAAAAACACAAAGAGCAAUGGAAAGACAAAUGUUGCACAUAAGACUAAUGGAAAAAAAGAGAAACGAGUGGAUAAAGAAAACAAAAGUGAGGGAUGUUAAACAAGAAGUUGCAAAAUUGAAAUGGAAAAAUUUACCGGACACAAUAUAAGACAAAAAGAAGACCGAUAGAACAAAAUUCUUGUAAAUUGGAGGCCGUGUGAAUAUAGACGAAGCAAGCAUCAAGAAGCACGUGGGCUCACUCUUUAGUUGCUUAAAUGAUUGUAUUUUUAAACUCUUAUAGUUUGUUUUUAAACCAAGAGGAGUAAACUAAAAAGACAGAUUCACACCCAAGAAAGUCACCAGAAAAGUCACCAAAUACAUCUUCUUUUUUGCUGGAUCAUAUCGGCCUUCGACGGUAAUCCAUACAUAUUAUAUUAUAUUAAUACGUCGCUAAAGAGUUCUAAAACGAUUGUUUUUUAUAUAAAAGUAGACUAAAAAUUAAAGUAAUAACGCAGAAAACACAAAAAUCGCCGAUAUAAAUUAAUUAACCUAUGAAAUGUCAGUAAUGUCAAAAUUUUAUAAAUGUCAUUAGUGUCAAUAUUUGAAGGGUACAGGGGAAAAAGAAGGAAGGUCACUUUAUGUAUUAUGUAUAUUAAUGGUAUUAAUGUAUAUGGUAUUUUUUUUAAAUCAUAUGUUUGGUAUGUUUACUCUGUGGUCACACGAAAACAAUGUGUAACAAUAAAAGCCUUCUUAACCGGUAACACCAUGAUAUUCCCCCUUCUUCUUCUGUAUAGGUAUUUUAUUAUUCGUGUUAUCUCAUGACACAACUCAUUUUUAACCAGUGUUAUUUACGUAUAAUAAAGUAUAGAAUAUUCCCUAUCUAAUGAAUUAUUAAAACAAAAAAUGAACAUUUCUGACAUUCCUCCUUUUCCCCCUGUACCCUUCAUUUGAUAACAGUGGAGUAAACUUGCCUGAGGUUGGACCAAUUACAAAGAAGAAUUACGGCGCGGUAAAUUUGAAUUACUCCUCUUGAUUUAAAAACAGACCAUAGAGAUAUUUCAUUUUACCAAAAUGAAAAUUAUUACAGUGGAACCCCGAUAAGUCGGCCCCCGAUAACUCGGAAGUCCGGCUAACCCGGACUGAUUUUCAUCAGAUAAACAUUUUGAUUUUCAAUACUUUGUAUUUUGACAACGACCCGAUUUGGGCGUCGAAACGUUCAUAAAAUUAUUUUUCAAUUUAAUUGUGGCUUAUUUAGUUAUGUGGCCUAUUUAAAAUAGUUAAUUAUCAGACAAACCUUUUAACAAUAAAAAUGUAUGUAAUAUAAUAUUUUUGAGAGAUAAUGUGUAUGUGUGUAAUUUGAACUAUACGAUAGUAAAAAUGACUCAUAGCACACGCCGCAGAAACAACAGGCACCUGUCUGUAGUACCUAUUCCUUUUUAUUUCAAACUGUCUUAGCAUUGUUUAGGAAAGACUAUUUAAAAAAUUCUUUUAUAAACAAUGGUCUUUAGUUUUCACUGUUCUUAAAUAACCUAACAUGGUUGUGACUGUAUUGUGUGUCUUGUAUUGUUCGCUUCCGUUUGCUUACGUUUGUGUUUGGUGUUUUUUUUUUAGUAAUUUUGAUGUAUAGGUACUGUGCAUAUUUAUAAAUAUAUUUCAUGUUAUUUCAAUUCUAAUGGAGUUUAUCUGUAAGUAUACCGUAUUUUAUUAAUUUUUACCAUAUUCUCCGGCUAACCCGGAUUUUCGAUAACUCGGAUCGGCCGCGGUCCCGAUUAAUCCGAGUUAUCGAGGUUCCACUGUACUUUUGAAAAAAUUAACAAAAUAACGUUCUAUGAACUUUGAUCCGGUUGUUAGAACCGGAGUUAUAACAAAAUUCGUGAAAAACAACUGCAAAAUAGGCAUUCGAUGGGGCUUUUCCAAGUAUAACUUAGCUUUCAUACACGCGAUUAACUUUUCAAAGCCUCAUUUUAAAGGUAAUUGUUUCAGCUUUAACAACACUUUGCAAAAUUACUUUAUCUUUAUUAAUAAAAAAGUUUAAACAAUCAAACAUUUCACUAAAAAAUUGCGAAUUAAUAUGUUUAUAAUAUUGUGACUGGCUGAGUGGAGACAGCCCAUGCCAAAAAAAGAAAAAAAAUAUGUUUACAAGAGAUUUAAACAAAAUUAAACUAUAAACUUUGAAAAUCUGGCCAGUGGAAAUUAUAGAAUAACUCAAAACAUUUUAAGCUUUGGUAUAUGUUUCUAUGUUCAUUUUUGACCAAGAUUGGCGAGGAACUGCAAAGUGGGCGACGCCUGGUGGCAAAUUUGAAAAGCAUCAACUCGAGGAAAACAUUGACUUGGUCGUUAAUUUGUGUACAUAUUUGCGGUCAGUUUAUUUUGUAAUUAACAGUGAAUUCGACUUAAAAACACUAUUGCAGUGUUCCUCAGUAUUCAUUCCUAUUAUACUUUACGUAAUGACGUAAACUAACUAAUGCCAAAUCACACAUUUUGUUAAUUUAAAGUUUGUAUUAAACGUAAUAUUUUUUAAUGUUUAAGCGACUGUAAAAUUAAAUAAAUAAAUAAAAUGCAGUAUAUAUUCUGUACAUAGAAUGUACAUUGUUAUACAAAAUAUUCCGGCCACCUCAUAAUUUCCAAAACACAAUUUUUAUAAAAUAAAUUCACCUAGUACUUAUUUUUAAUAUUCUUCUUAUAUUUUUAAUAUAAUUCACCUAGUACUGUUAGUGUAAAAUAAAUUGUAGUGGCCUAUAAAUUAAAUUAAAAACAAAAUUAGAAAUUUUAAGAUAGAUUAAUAAUUAAUUUUUAAAACGCUGUGUGAUUAUCGGGGGGGGGGGGGCAGAUUUUAACAAAUCGGUAGUUAGCAUCAAAUUUUAACGAAUGCAUACAGAUGAAACAUAAUUUUGAGUUGUCUUUAAUUGUCUUAUUGGCAAAACACUCGUCUAAAUUAUUUUAAUUUAACGUUUUAGAACAAAAUGAAUUGUUUUCCUUGAGUUAUCGUCCAUCUUUGAAAUUUUGAGCGCCCUCUGUCAGAAUUUAAUUUUGCGAAUAGGGAACUUUUAAUAACGCGCUCUAAGGCGCACGGUCAGCUCAGCGAAUGCGGGCGCGCUUAAAUCAAUUUUUAACAUAAUUUAUUUUAAAAAAUAAUUAAGUUUGCUCACUUGUAAAUGCAGGUUGUUAAUGUUAAUUUUAUCAUUAUUUUUUAUUGUUGUAACUACAUUAACACAAAACAAUAUCUUAUUUAUAUGACGUGAAAAAGUUUUGAAUGUUUCCCCUUUUUGGUCGCAAAAGUACAUGUGCUAAUGUAUACAGUGCUUUAAAUAAAAGAAAGUCUACAGCCGUAUUCACCACCGUCUAAGUACCUACUUCUUAUUUGAGUACCGUGGCCAAAUUUUAGGAGUGGGUAACUUCCAUGACAAUUUGCCGAAAACAUUCUCGAUAUUGCGCGGCAUGUAAUAAUUGAUCUGCUGAUAAGCCAGUCCAUUGACGAAGGUUUCAGAGCCAAUAAUAUUUCUUCCUACCAAUUCCACUUUUUCCCUAGACCUUUCCGUUGAGUAUUAACUGCAAUAUUCGGUAUCUGCUACAUCUCAUUAUACGUCAAGUCACUUUCGCCUUGACCUACUCUGUUUAAGACUUCUCUGUUUGAAAUGCGUUGAACCCAUAAUAUUUUGAGUAUUCUGCGAUACGACCACAUUUCAAAGGCUUCUAAUUUGUUAAUCGUGUUAACCUUCAUGAUCCAGGUUUCACAUCCAUAUAGUAAUACAGAAUACACAUAACAUUUCACUUGCACUGAAUUUUCCAGUCUUAAACAUUCAUUGUUCUAAUAUCUUCUACAUCAUCCAGCCAUCUUGUUCUAGGCAUUCGUCUUCACCUGGACCAUAUUGGUGUCCGUGUCCAGUUAGUUAUUCUUCUCAAUAUAUCUGAGUGUGGCGUCUCUAUAUAUGUCCUAUCCAUUCAAGCGAAGAGAUUUUAUGUAUCUGAUUAUAUUUUCUCCCUUCAUUCUAUGUUGUUACAUUGUUGCCCAGUAUCGUGCUCAUUAUUUUUCCUUUUAAAUUUUAGAAGGCUAUCUUCCUUUCUUGUUAAUCGUCGUUGUUUCCAUCCCAUAUGUAAGAAGUCUAAGCUCUUGUAUAGGGUCAUCUUUGUUCUCUUAUUUAGAGUCUUGCUUUUCAGCAGAUUUCCAUUCAUUUCAUAAGUUUUUUUGCCUUUCAUAAUUCUUUCCUCUGUUCUCUCUUUUCCGGUAAACAACAUAGAUCCGGUGAAAACCUGUUCGUUCAAAAGAGCUGUUAAGAGUUAUAGGAAGCGUUGGUAAAUACGGUUGUAAAUAAUUUAUUUAAAAAAUAUCUCUGAAAGAAGAUUAUUAAUAACGUUGUUAAUAUAGUACCGUACAGGAAAACUUAGGACUAUUAUCAGUUGAUACUUUUGGUUUAUGCGUGCAGUAUACAUUCACACAUAUCUUCCAUGAAAGUAUUUGGAUAUUGUGAUUUUUGGAAUCAAAUAUAAUGCUUUAAACACAGGACUGUUCUUUUUAGGUUACUCAGGUUACUUUUCGCUGAUUUACUGGUUAAAUUAGAAACAACACUGUGGACUGUAUAGGGCUUGUCAUCGAUUGUCAUUUGUUUCAAGCUCCUGUCAUGUGUCAUCUAAAUUAAUAUAUCUACGUCAUACGUUAUUGGUAGGACCAAUGAUACAAACCAAAGACGUAUGACGUAGAUAUAUUAAUAUUAGACGACACAUGACAGAAGCUCGAAACAAAUCACUGUGAAUGAAAAGCCCUAUUACUUGUACUUGAAUAUAAUUUAUAAUAGACUAGUUAUUUAGAUGGGAAAUAAACCAUCUAAAUAGUUAAUCAUAAAAAUGCCACAAGGAAAUAGCUUCAGAACAACAUGCACGACUAGGUCAUAUGCAUCCACGGUGAGUAACUUGUGAAUAGUUGUGAAUGCUGUCCAUAGAUAAAUUAACCUGUAGAUUAGGCUAGCUAUGGGCCGCUCUGUGCAUCGAGGUGUAACGCGGAUAUCAAGGACGCAAUUGGUCAAUAUUCAUUUUGAGUGGUCUAGCCAUCUCUGUCACUCAUAUGAGCGGUAUCGCUUAGUAAAAAGAGAGAUAUGCUUUUUCUCAUGAGGAUCUUUCAGUCCGUCACGUUUUUCGAUUUCUUUCUAACGCAUUAAAUUGCAUGUCACAUAAAAAACGCACGUCGGUGAUUACAUUUCGUCGGUGACAUUUAUAACAUUUAUUCUAGUUGUCAAUAGAUGGCGCUAUAAUCGAAAAAAAAAUAUUUACGGAUUAUAUAAUAUAUCUACGAAUAUAAUCUGUUCAAUUUAUAAGACUAUACAAAUCAAAGAAAAUACCAUUUUAUAAAUGCAAUAAACACAAUUGAUUUGAUUUUAUGCCAAAUUGCAAAUAAAAUGUGACAACUGUCAGAUUUAACUAAAAUAUGUCACUAAAAUGUAUAUUAUCACGGACUUACCUUUUUUUCUAUCAUUUGUGACGCACUGAAAAAUGCUCAUGAAGAUUACGUUUUUUUGCUCAGUAUGCCUUGUCUAGGGUUAACAUGUCUCUGAUGCUGUCUCUCGUUUCUGUGAAUACGAAAACCUAGACAUGCACAGGGUUGCCAGCUUACCAAAUAAUAAAAGUCUGAACAUAAGCCACAUCUGUCAAAUAUUUCACAGUCUAUCGCCAACUAUUUCAGUAUCUACAGAGGUAUCAACUUUUAAUAUCGUUCUCCGGCUUGAUUAUAAUCAGCUUCAGUGGAAACGAAUUAUAUUUCAACACGUAAAACGUUUUAUAUAUAUUUACUUUGUUAAUAUAAUCGUUUGUUGUAAAUAUCCAUUAAUUAAAUUAUAUAUGUACAUGUUAUGUUAUUGCAUCCUAGGGCUUGUGUGAUCUCGAUUAUCUGUCAAAAUUUCAUAUCUUUUUUGAUAAUUUUAUAGUGACUCAUUGUUAGAGAUUUGUGCCAAUUAUCGUGUUAAGUUGAUAUCAAAUUUUUGAAUAUUUUGUACUUACUUUAGUAUUUGUAAUAAAGAUACUAUGUUAA